CUAUGUUUUGAAAGAAAAAGAGAAAUGGAUCGCUGGUCGCCCUCACUUCCAUUAUCAAUCAUCUACCCACCAUUUCCCCCGUCGUUCGUUACAUCUGUAAUCUAACAGCUCCGUGAAAUCCGCAUCUUGCUUUACAAGCCAGCAAUAUGGGUAUCUUCAGGCCUGUUACCAAUGUCGGGCGACCGAAAACCGCCCAGCCUGACCAAGCUACUAUCCGCGGUAGAAUUAGCGGUCCUAUUCCAAUAGACGACGAGUUUCCUAUUAGAGGCGCCGGUUCAGGCAUGGCUCAUGAAGGCAGAUCGGAGCAACUUGAGCCUCAUAUCGAGGACCGACCUCCUUCGAGACCUGGACAUACCCCUCCUGAGGUCGCACGGGUGGACAAGCCUGACUCUGUCGCACAGUCUGGACCGAGCCAAGCUUCAAACGCAUCUACGAGCCCGCAACAACAAAGGACGAUCCGUUCUAGUACCGUAAGGUAUUCUAUGGUUAGCGAUAAUGGUGGUGCAGAGAUAGAUAGGCCACAGCGGAAAAAGUCUACGUUAAAGUCUACAAUCGGUAGAUUAUUCAAGAGAAAGAAGAAGAGUACGAGCCAGGCAUAUAACCCAGAGUCCCAGUUUGGAGGACUGGUCGACUCUACACUACAUGAAGAUGACCAGUCGGCUUCGAAUCGAGCCCUAAAAACAAACGAGUCGAAGCGGUCCGUCUCGUUACCAGUUACAGAAUUCGACAGAGCGCUAAGGUCGCAUUCCGUCGGCCCCGAUGAUAUGCUAGCAAUUACCAGCGCCCGCAGUUCAAUACAAAUAGAUCCCAUAUUGCUUCGAAGAAGAGCCGCAUCAUCGAAUAGGAUCCUAAGCGGACGGGUAAAAGAUUUUGAUGGGGAGUUAAUAGGUCUAUCUCCUAGACCUGCCAGCACUCACGGACGUGGCGAGCAUACGUCCGCUGAAGAUGACCCCGAUGGCAUUGGCCGUGCCAUCACGAGCGAUAGUCUUGCGCACCGCCGCAGAUCGAGAAGUCUAUCGCAACUCCAGGACGUCGUAGCGGGCCACGUCCAAGUUCGAAAGCGGAGCGACGAAAUCCGCUACUGGAGAGAAAGUUAUAAUGCAGCUAUCCGAUCGCCUAAUGCGUCUACCAUCAACAACGACGAUACCGGCGUCGUGGAAGUAGACGCAGAAACGCCGGCUAGCUCCCCAGAGCAGCAAUUCUCACCACCAAAGACACCGUUGCAACCCUUUCAUUUUGGUCCAAUGGCGGGUAUGAAGAUAACUCAAGCAGCUGGCCUCGAAGAUCGUAUAGCUACUCUAGAAGUUCGUAACCAGAAAUUAGAGAAGCUAGUCUCUCAGUUAUUCCAAGUUAUUCCGGGCGUAAACAAUUACGUGCCUGCUACUCCCGAUCAACCACGGCAUCGCGGUUCUAUAGGAGCAUCUGCGACUUACACGCCGAAACGCCCCAUGACAGCAGAAACAUCAGCAUACAUAGCAUCCUUAGGCGACAUUGAAGAUUCUUCUAGGCAUACGUUAUCCCGGCAUUCGAAUGACUCGUUUGGCGAUGGAAAUACAUUUAUCGGAUCGUUGCCUCCUUCAUCAGCACCGCCGCGACGGCCGCGCCCUACGUCUAACUCUACCAUUCGUGGCGCAACAAGUCUCCCUACGUUGCUAGGGGAGAGUAUGGGGCCCUUUACUACGGAUCAUUACGUGACUCUGAAGGCCUUAUUAGACACCGAGAGAGACGCGCGGCAAGCGCUGGAGGCUCGGGUGACGCAACUUAGCCAUAGGCUUAACCUCGUAGCGCGAACUUCGAACAAACUCGAAACCUCAUCUACUACUUACUCCACCGUAUCUGCAUUUGAUCACGAUGAUGACGAUGAGCCCCUAUCCGCCGGCAUCGACACCGAAUCAGAAGCAUACAAAACACCCCGCGAGGAAGAGCCGACACACGGCUUCGGCGCUUUUGGCGAAGAGCUUCGUGUGGAGGAACAAGACGGCUCAAGGAAAAAGGCUGCUAGGACCCUUUCCCUGAGCCAGUUAACUCUAAAGAGGCCCCCUCAGUCUCCGCAAGGGGCCGGUGUGGACUUAUGACUACACGGACUCCAAUUUUAUACCAGCUAACUU